AUGACAAUGGCUGUUACUGGACAAUAUGUGGACUGCAAAUGGCCACAUAAUAUUGGUCUUACUGAUGAUCAGAGAAGAAAGGUCCAAGAUACAGUGAAAUGGGAAGCCGGAGUGGAGGCGCAUGCAAGAGUACUGAAUGCACCUGCUAAAGCAACAGUCAUUUUAGUAGGUCUAUUUGGUAUCGUCGCAGAGGCUAAGGAUUUUCGGUUUUUCCUAAAUUUCUAA